AUGUUAAAUGUCCCCAGGAAACACUACUGGACAAAGAACAAAGCUGUGGCAUUUCCCCAUGGUCCACAGGUUCAUUUGGGAAUGAAAGUCCCCGAUGUUCCCUGGAAGCCCCAGCCCACAGUUCAGAUCUGCAUUGAGAUCUCAAUGAACCGGCAGCACACGGCAGGCAACAUCGCGCAGCUGGCUAUUUGCAAGGAGGAGAGUUACGAAAAGAUUCAGCCAAAUGAUAAUACAAUGGAUCCCCCUCCUCUCUCUUUUGGUGCUGCAGUGGUGGCCAGGAGUGCUCCGGAGGAGACCGUGACCAGCAGCUUUGCCUCCUUCAUCCACGCGGUUCGACCUGAGCACCUGUCCAAGAUCGUCCGUCACAGAAGCAAGAGGAUGAUCCUUGACAGCAUUGGAGUUGGCCUUGUGGGCAGCACAACGCAUGUGUUUGAUAUUGCUCUGAAGUACUGCCUGGAGCUGUACUCUUCAGUUGCUGUGAGCAAUGUCUAUGGCAAGCCUGGUGUGAAGCUAUCCCCGACUCUGGCUGCGUUCACUAAUGGCGUUGCGACUCACUCCAUGGACUUUGACGACACCUGGCACCCUGCUACUCACCCAUCGGGGGCUGUUCUGCCAGCACUGCUAGCAGCUUCUCAGAUGCUACCUCUGAACUCCAAACCCAAUGGCCUGGAUUUCCUGCUGGCAUUUAAUGUGGGUCUGGAAGUGCAAGGAAGGCUCAUGCAUUUCUCCACUGAGGCUCACAACAUUCCCAAAAGGUUCCACCCUCCUUCAGUGGUCGGUACUAUGGGCAGUGCUGCAGCCACUGCAAAGCUGCUCUCUCUCAGCAUGGCCCAGUGCACCCAUGCCUUGGGCAUUGCUGCCUCGCUUGCAGGAGCACCCAUGGCAAAUGCUGCCACACAAGCCAAGCCAUUGCAUAUUGGGAAUGCCACCCGCCUGGGCUUUGAAGCAGCGCUGCUGGCUGCCCGAGGAAUGGAAGCUAACCCUUUCAUUCUGGAUGAUAUCUCUGGUUGCUCUGGAUUCAGUGCUUUUUACAGCAUCUAUCAACCCAAACCACUGUCCACACCAAGUGAGCAUCAUGAGUUCCUCUUGGAGAAGCAGGAUAUUGCUUUUAAGCGAUUCCCAGCCCACCUGGGGAUGCACUGGGUCGUGGAUGCUGCCUUGUCUGUUCGGAACCUCUUCAUCAAUUAUGCAGGGUCCUUCUCUCCCUCUUUGAUCCGUACCAUUGUGCUGAAGAUCCCAGUGUCAAAGUACAUCAAUAGGCCUUUCCCCAACUCUGAACACCAGGCCAGACACUCCUUCCAGUUCAAUGCCUGUACAGCCUUGCUGGAUGGAGAAGUGGGCCUCAGCUCCUUCACAGAAAGCAGCAUCCACCGGCAGGAGCUGAGGGAACUGCUCCACAAAGUGGUAGUGGAGCACCCUGAAGAUAACGUGGCCAACUUUGACAAAAUGUAUGGAGAGGUGGCACUGCUCCUGAACAGUGGGGAUGUCCUGACAGGCAAAUGUGACACUUUCUAUGGGCACUGGAGGAAGCCUCUAAGCAGGGAAUCACUCCUGAAGAAGUUUCGAUCCAAUGCCUCUCACGUGAUUCCAGAUGAAAAGGUAGAAACCAUCAUCACUAUGGUGGACAAUCUGGAGAACCUGUCAGAUAGCUCCCAGUUGGCCUGUAGCCUGUGA